AAGGUCCGUUGUAUCAGUGGCGGGAAGAGUACUCCAAGAAACGCCACCUAAAUCACCCCGCAGUUGACAACCCGAAAUCCCCAAGGAAACCGCUAAAUCCUUUCCCCGGAAUGUCUUUCCUCGAAGAAUUUCAAGCCGAUUUGGAUUCACUGCCCAGCAUUUUGCAAAAGAAGUAUGCAUUAUUGCGUGACCUUGAUAAAAGUUUACAAGAUAUUCAGAGACAAAAUGAACAGCGUUGUGAACAAGAAAUAGAGGAGAUUAGGAAAAGAGUCAGGUCUGGAAAUAUUACUACCACUACUUCACUCAUCAGAUUCUCAGACGAUGCACUUGAUGAGCAAAAGCAUAGCAUCAGGAUUGCAGAUGAAAAGGUUGCCUUGGCCGUUCAGGCAUAUGAUUUGGUAGAUACUCACAUACAGCAACUAGAUCAAUAUUUGAAAAAAUUUGAUGAAGAGCUUCGGCGUGAAAAAGAAAGCGCUACUGCAAGUGGCAUCACACCUCCAAGUCUCGAUGGUAAUGUGAAAGCUGGAAGAGGGAGUGAAAGUGGCAGAGGCGGCCGUAAGAAAACACGCCAGGCAACAGCAGCAGGGGUGGCAACGACAGAAGCAGCAACUGUUGCAAACUCUUCUGGUAUGGAUUUAGAUCUACCCGUGGAUCCAAAUGAACCUACAUACUGUUUAUGUAACCAAGUUAGCUACGGUGAAAUGGUUGCUUGUGAUAAUCCCGAUUGCAAAAUAGAGUGGUUCCAUUUUGGUUGUGUUGGUCUGAAAGAACAACCGAAAGGAAAAUGGUACUGUUCAGAUUGUGCGGUGAUGAAAAAUCGUCGCAAAGUUAGAUGAUGCUGGAAGGCAGUUAUAGGACAUAAUAGUGUUAUGGUUUUUACUGCCGCAUCGUGAAAUAUAAUUCUGCCUUUAUGUAUGCUCAACUUUAAGAUAUAAUUCUCGCUUUCAGCCUUAUUUAAUGAAAUGAUUUUUUAAAA